AUGGGGAUCUGUAAAGAGAAGUUUCCUACCUGGGUUGGGCCUCCAGUUGUCAAAGUCCUGGGCAAUACCCCUAAUCGGAUGCCCGGGGAACUCCUGGGCAGAGGAAAGUCCACUCGUGCUCGACAGAAAUUCCUGUGUUCCCAAGCACAUCCUAAACGUGCUUGGAAAGUUACUGAGCUAGAGUGGCUGACCUUCAAGGCGCAAACCGAUUCAGUCCCGAUUCAGUCAACAGACCGGCUGCAGAUUUCUCUGGGUGGCAGCGCACUUGCUCCGGGACCAGCGGCUGCCCCGCCGCGGCGGAGGCGCGGACUUUUCUUUUGGGGCGUAAGAUGGCAGGUCCCGGGAAACAAAGGAAACUUGGGCCCGGCCCCCCGCGCGGCGUGUGUGGCUCGCGUGUGCGCCCCAGGUCCCGUGUGGGAGUCGCUGGCGCCUGUGCCAGGCUGCCUGCAGCCCGCAGGCGGCGGGGGAAACCAGCCGGGUACCAGCAGCCGGCGGCGCCCGCCCACCUGCAGCGGCGGCCGCCCGGGGGACUCCCGGUCCGCGAGGGCCCCAGCGGCGGUGGCGGCGGCGGGGGAGGGGGCGCUGGGGAGCCUGGAGCGGGGCGGGGAAGGCGGGGAGGCGGCGGGCGGCGGCGGAGGGGAGCCGGGGUGGGCGGGCGGCGCCACGUCACGGCUAUUGUGGCUGUCCUGGUAUAUAAGGUCCCGCCGGCUCGCCGCGCUCCCCACCUUGCCUGCGCCCGCCCGGAGCCAGCGGUUCUCCAAGCACCCAGCAUCCAGCGAGACGCGCCGCGCACCGACGGAGGGGACAUGGGCAGAGCAAUGGUGGCCAGGCUCGGGCUGGGGCUGCUGCUGCUGGCACUGCUCCUACCCACGCAGAAGUGUCUUCGCGCUCCCAGUGCUCUACACAAAGAGAGGCGACGGUCCCCUUCGGGAAGCGCGGCUCACGCCCAUCCUCCACCCUCGGAGCUGGCUUGGGGAUCCCGGGGAAGCUCUGGUUAUCCGGCCCUAUCUUAAGCCCCAGUCCCGGGAGGUUUGGGGCUGAAGUCGAGGCGGGGACCCUCUCCUGACGUAGCGCUCUCUGCGGUGCAACCUUUCACGUCCAACGCUUGUUAUCUUAGAAGCCCCAGGUUAUUUUAGCCCAGUUUGGCUAGUUCUGGGGAGGCAGCAUGGUGGGACGAUUCCGUCCCGAAUCCCCGCCAGGCUUUGUCCGUGUCGUCGCUACCAGCGCCGUCUCCCCAGACCCUCUAUCCGGGGAACCUCGCCCUGGGUGCGGGUACCUGGGGCCGCUCAGCGCUGCCUCGAGGGUGGACGCACGACGCCGGCGAGAUAGACCCGGGACUGGGAGACCCCGGCGGGGGCGGGGGCGGGGCCGGGGGCGGGGGCGAAUAAGGUAUGUUUCUUGGGGCAGUUCGGGUUUGGAGCAUGGGAGUGACCGCUCUCCAGCGCCUUCGGCUGGGGUUAAUCGAGGACUGUCCCUGGGGCUUCUCCCUCAAAAGUUGGGAGCGCUGGGUCCGCCGUCCCCAGGCAUCCAACGUCCGGGUUUACCUGGGAGUGCAGCCUGAGAGGGUGAAGCGCUCUUCCCUACCGCGGGCAGGGUAAACGUACCCUAUUGUCUUCCUCCCAGUCCGCUGCGCACCCGAGCCUUGCUCAAUUCUUUGGUGGGGGAGGGGCGCGGCCGGGAGAAACUGGCUCCCUCCUCUCCCCGCCCCAUCUCCUCUCGGACCAGGUGUUUCUCCUCCAACAUUUUAAGUGAGAAGUUUUAAUAACGCGAAUAAAUCUAGCUUGGAAUAGAAAAUUUUGUUUAGUGUCAAUUUAAUAAACAAAAAUUUUUUGUGGUUGCUGUAGAGGAUCUUUAGAUUAUCGGAUCAAUACACUGGAUUUUAAAAAGAAAACAUCACCUGCUGCACCAAAACUCAUUGUGUGAAUAAAGAACAGGUUACUUUCAGGGAUUCCCAAAUCGGGUCUCCGAUACAGGCACCCUGUUUUAAGUAAAUUACCACAUCCAUGCUUUCCUUUAUUGGGAGUGCCGUUUCCUGAUGGGACACACUCAGCCUUGCACACAGUAGGUGCCCAAUAAAUAAAUUUGACUUGAUCAAGAUUUUUUGUUGUUGUCACUAAUCUAUUUUGGUUAGGAUUUGUGUAUUUCUUUAGUCAAUAUUUGUUUAAUGACCUUACGGGUUUUACAACAAAAGGAGCUGGUGCUGAUGUAGAAGGGCUUUAUCUUUGGAUUAAUAGGCAGCCAAAUGUACAUGGGGCCCAGACUCUUGCCUGGUGCCACGUCCUCCCUCCCGCCUGUAAUCAGAAGCCCUUGUAAACCCUCCCUUGCAGUGAGGGCUGAAAACUCCGAUCUGCCUUUGUUCCAUGACAAAGGAGAGAUUAUCACGUGCCCUACUGGACUGUGCAUUUCGUGGCUUGAAAAAUCAGUGGUGAAUGAUGCCACUCAGACGCUGGGACACUGGGGGAACCUUGGUUCUUGGCCACAGCACUGAGCUUAGUGACCAGUGAGGCUGCUGUUUGUGAAACUUAACACCAUACCCUCUCGUCCUCUUUUGUGAAAUCCUCCCGACUUCAUGGUGUUUUCCUGAAGUCAUUCUGCCU